AUGUCGAGGUGUAUCCACCAAUCCGUGUACAGAACGUUCGAUGUCUAUAGGCGACAGUGCUUUAGUACUUGUGUCUUUGCCCUCAAGGAAAUGACACAUCCUAUAAAACCAUCAGCGCAAACGCUUAGACAUCUACAAUUCACCCAGAGAAUACCUUUUCAAGAAGGAUUGGAAAUACAGGAGACGUUGGUUAGAGCUAAUUUGGAUAUCAAAGAUAUUCAAUCCAAGAUCGAGAGGAAAUUAAUCCAAUUGGAUGAAGAAUACAAAGGUACAGCAAAAAUAAAUGAUAACGAAAAAAAGAUAUUAGACAAAGUCAUGGCAAUGAAACCUAAUCCGAUAAUAUUAACAUUUGAGUUUGAGCCAACUUACACCGGCGGGAAGAGGAUUAAGAAAACUAUGACGCCAGAUCAGAUAGCAGCUUAUGAAAGUUUCGUUCCAGAAACGCAAAAGCACAACCUAAGACCAAAGUUUGUUCAAGUAGAAAGAGGUGGACAAGUAACAUUUCAUGGCCCAGGCCAAAUUGUUAUUUACAUUAUCUUGGAUUUGAAAACGUUUCAAGGUUUCCCUGCAAAAUGCUUGGUUGCAUGUAUUGAACAGGCCACUAUCAAAACGUUGAAGAACACUAAGAUGUGCGACAAUACUGAUAAGCCUUUGAACUUGGAUGCUCUAACGACGAAUGAAACUGGAGUUUGGGUUGAAAAUGGCAAGAAAAAAAUCGCUAGUGUUGGAAUACACGUCAGACGCUCUAUAACAUCACAUGGUGUAGCAAUAAAUGUAAAUACAGAUCUGUCGUAUAUGAACAGUUUUGAAAUGUGCGGUUUGAAAGAUACCCUGACUACUUCGAUUAUGGAACAACGACCUGAUGCUGUUGUAGAUGUGCAGGGUAUAGCAAUUAGUUUCGUCAAGGAGAUGGCAAAGCUGUUAGGAAUAAAAACCUUGGAAAGAAUGCAAAUUGAUGACAUCAAUACUUUAAAGAAGAAUUCGUGA